CAAUAAUUCCAGUGGUAUUCAACUGAUACUAGCAGAUUUUUUUAAAGAUAAACGCAAACCGUGUACAAGCGUAUUUUUUUUACACAUAAAACAAAAAUACUUUCAAAAUUUUACGUCACAAGAUAGAACGUAAUAUGGGAACGCGAUGAUCUAUUCACACGAUCCACCAUCUACACCACCCUUAUUCCACUACACUGGUUCACAAUCGAUGAAUAUGAGACAGAUGAUAACUAUAGAAGAAUGAAAAAUGUAAACAGUAUUUGUAUGUGAACUAUUAUACCCGGCAGGUUUUCACGUAUCUCCAAGGAUUUUGGUCUGAUUUUACAUUCUACUUCGGACGACUUUUUGAACACAACCCACAAAUUAUAACCAUGUCUGAGUUCAAUUCAGAUUCGGAGAGCUGUCCCAGUUACUUAACUGAGUCGGAAAGCGAGCACGAGUCUGUCUGGGGUGAGGAAAAAGAGCAAAAGGAGGUAGAUUACACGGCUACGGCCAAAGAUAUAAUCUGCGAAAAUGUAAACAUCACAACGGAGAAUGCACUGAAUCUAAACAGCGGGUAUCAUAAUAUGCUUAAGGCACUUAAAAAUAAACUAGAAAUAUUGCUGGUCCAGUGUCAGGAACGACAAGGGGAGAUAGAAAAACAGAUUUCGGAAUAUCGCAGCACUAAAAAACCGCUGGUAGGUAAGUCAAGGACAUCCGGCUAUAUCUGUGGGCAGCCAUAUUUCAAGGACGAAGAUCUGUACCCCGGACCUCACAACGAUGAUUAUUUGUAUCGGAAGAACGUUCGGAAAGAAUUCUUCCCAUUAGACAUGUUCGAAGUAACGGACACCAACUGGACCAUCAAAGAUAAGGUUAAUAUUUUGAAGGGUGUAAAAACGCAGAUCAUUGAGUUCAUCAGUGUAGAGAAUCGAUUGAAGAUUAAAAAGAUCGGAAACGGGCUGGAAGCGGAGAGGCUGAGGCGAGAAAUUGUGUCCUUGAAAGGCAAGGAAAUAGGUGUUUUGUGGGAGAAGGUUGAACUGUUCCCGAAAGAGUAUCCCAGCCAAAAGUUUGAAAUAGACUGGAUGCGUAUUUCAAAUGUGAAUAUUAGUGGAAGGCAUUCGGUAGCGGCUUGCAUCGGAAUUUGGAACAACUAUAUGAUACCGGGAUUGGUAAGGAGUAGUUGGAACCACAACGAAGAAAAACAACUGCUUGCGGCGACUGAAAAGUAUCACCGCCAAAACUGGAUUGAAAUCGCCAAAGAGGUUCCAGGUAGAUCCCCUUAUCAGUGUUUCGUUCAUUAUCAGACAACAUUCUCCGACUUGGCCCAGAUCAAACACGAACGAUGGACUGAGGAAGAAGACGAACUUUUAGUUAAACUAGUUGAUGAAAACAGGAUCGGAUCAAACAUAGUGUGGAACAAAGUUGUCGAAAAAAUGCCCUUGCGGAACAAAAUCCAAUGUUACAAUCGUUAUAUGUUUACACUUAUGAGGCCAACGAAGAAUACCAAAUUUACUCCGGAGGAAGAUUGUAUUAUCACCGCUUACGUGCAGGAGUGUGGCGAUGAGUUUCGAUUCAUCCCCCCAAACUUACUCCCUGGAAGAACCAACCGUCAGAUCUGGGCACGUUACAAUCAUACUUUGAAGUACGUUAACAAACAUUCUGGCUGGACAAUUGAGGAAGAUUAUCGGCUCAUCAAUUUUAUUAGAGAAAAUCUAACCGAGGAAGGACCCCGAAAAAUAUCGUGGGCUGCUUGUUCCAAAGCACUUGGGAAUCAUUCGCGUUUGAGUUGUCGAACUCGGUAUUACACGAUCGAAAAAUUUCUCGAGAAAAACCCCGAUGCCACACUGGAUGACGUACCACGAAAGGAGAAAAGGCUCUCUACCAAAGUGAAUAACGAAAAUUGGAAGAAAACCAUGGUCGAUAUACAAACAGAAUCAACAUCAAGGGAAGCGGAGGAUCAAGAGUUGCCUUCCACUUCUAGUGCCCCAAAAAAGGAACGGAAAGUUCGAAAGAAACGAGAUCCUUUGUUUAAAAAUCGACAUUUUUCCGACACUAUCAAAUGUUUAUUUAGAAAAAGGUUCUUCGCGAAGUUCAAACAUUCGUUCCAUUAUAAGUUCGGCGAUCAAUUUCCGCCUAAAGAGAAUCUCAAGAUUUAUUGCAUCAAUAAGGCAAUAUUUCAUUUGUUACACUGUACAACUUCUUUCGAGCGAGUUAAUGACUACUCUGAAUUGUUCACUAUCGAUGAGAUAAAGUUCAUACGUGCCAGCCUCUCGAUGAGGCUUAAUCCAGGGUUAAUAAAUUACUUACAAAGUGCACGAUACUGCUUUCUUUUUCCUCCAAAUUACAACACUAUUCUUGGACUACGAGGGAUAGUCCUUAGUGCAACAUACCCUGAAGAGGCAAUGACAGAAGAAACUAAUGAGACUCUAGUGCCGAAUGAAACAGACUACCAGUAUGCGCUGGAAAACUUUCGAAACCGCUUUCGCAUGGUUUUCUUUUGGACAAUGCUCCUGGUGAAACAAAAUCCUAACGAUGCAGAUCUUCACAAAAGUGAAAACUGGGUAAAGACGAAUGAAGAGCUCGAGAAACAAAUUUCCCUCCAACAGUUGUCAAAAUUACACAACAGUGCACGUUUGCGCCCAUUAGAAGGAUGUGAGAAGGAUGUCCAAAUCGAGACAAAACAUGUCCAGGUGGCAUCCAAAACCGGAAUUUCUGAAGAAGCCGAACAAAUCAAUGUACAUUCAAGCACAAAACCAAACCGAAAAUCUCGUGCUCCAAGACGUUUACCAAAAGCUCAAGCUAUCCCUAUGAAGGAUAUUACAGCUGAAUCAACAGUUGAGCAGUUGUCCAAAUCGACGGAAGACAUCCCACAUUCUUCUCUUGAAACCUUAUCUGCUAGCAGCAUGAAUCUCUUAACGUCGCAACUCGUCCCAUACCAGCUGCAUUAUUCCAUUAUCCCGGACCAAAUAGAGUAUUAUGGUGCGAGUUCAUCUACGACAGUGCCGCCAGCGCCGAUCUAUCAAACUCUACCAUAUACCUUAACAUCAAGCGAACAAGCCGCUAAACCGCCAGAUCAGAUGAGUCUUGUGGCCCAAAUUACGAUCAUCAACCCGGAAGAUCUACCCGUGGCGCAGCUACAUCAAGAGCCAGUACUAGUGGAAGCGUCGAAACCAGCAACGCCUGAACCAGUUGUGCUUCAAUCACGUGAAUCGACUGAUUCAAGGGAGAAUACCACUGAUGCCGAUCAAGCGUAUGAUGAAGUGCAUUCAGUUGAUAGCAAUCAUAGCGACAACGUAAAUGUGCUAGGACAAAUUCCAGAAGCUGAGCAGGCGCAGGACGCUACGCAGGAAUCAAAAUUUACCAGUAAAGGGCAGGAUGAAUCAAUUCUCACGGCGUUGCCAUCUGAAUCCACCACCGAGCUGGAAUCUGACAUCGAAAGUGAUGUUUCUGUUGCUACCAGUGUGAACGAUUUUGUCAUCGAGGAGAUUGAUGAAGCAGUCAGCCAAAGUUCUUCGAAACACGGAUCACCGAAUCCUGAGCCGGAAAAACUAGAACCUGAAUCAGCCAGCCUCAGAACACAAACGCUUGCGGAUGCAACUCGAUGCAGUUCUCCUGAAACAGGAUUAGCAGAGGCAGAUUCUGACUCGAAGGUCAAAAAAACGCACGGUUUGUGCAAUUCCAGCGUUUCCGGUAGUGCAAAUGAGGGUACAGUUCCUGAUAGCUCCGCCGUGGUAUCCGUGGCGAGAGUGGAUGCAAAGGAAAAUGAUCCUUGUGUGAGCGGACGUAAUACUUCGUCAAUCACACCGAUUUACAGUAAUAAUUUGGAGUUGGAUAUAAAGGUAAUACAUGCUCCCAAAAAGACGUACAAUCGAUCUUCCAAACGGAGGAACGCUCCAGUAGAGGUUACUAAGCUUACUCCGCAUGCCUGGCGUUGGAUUCACUUGGAGAAGGCAACACCCAAUGAAAUAGAACUGCAUCAGGAUGUUUGGGAGCAAUGCAAUCCGGAGAGACUAAAAUUCAAUCCGAAGCCAAACAUAGCAGAUUCCCAACAGAAAAAUGUGCAGGAUUGCGAUGAUAUAAUUGUUAUAGACGACGAUGAAGUGCAAAUAAAAGAAGAACCAGUGGAGUACGAAGAUAAAGAAGAUGCUUCCGUUGCAGAUGAAACGGUUUCGGAUAGAGGUAAUGUAGAUGAAUCGUGCAUCCAGCAGAUUAUACAGACCGCAAGUAAUAUCCUGCGAAUGUCUAGAACAUAUAACAUGAUGUCUCCGGACAGUGGUCGCGCAUUUCGAGAACAUCCUCCGUCGUCACCGACAAUGAAAUCGGAGCCAGGUCAGACUUCUUCCCGAAUUUUUGAUGAACACACCAAUUGCUAUUACUUUGUUGAUGAGAUUCCCGAGGAAACGAUGAAGGAUGUGGAAGCGCCUAUAAUUGAUAUUCCUCAAAUUAGUCACACUUCACACGAUACCGGUCAGCAGUCCCUAGAGUUGACAUUCCCAGGGAAUCCUGAUAAUGAUUAUUCACAAAGUAUAUCGGCAUUGCAUGUUCAGCAUGUUCAACAGUCCAAUUUCAAACCAUUGAUGACAUUUGGGAAGCAAUCGAAUAACAGUUUGGAUCCUAGCAGCGGUGGAAAAUUUGUCAAAGGUAGAGAUUUUCAACGGCAGUGCACUACGGUAACCGAAAGGCAGCCAGAAACUACAAAAAUAGCGAAACCGAAACGCCCCCCCAGGGAACAGCGUGUUGAGAAUUCGGGAGGUGUCCAAAAAAAGGCCCUGACACUAUUGGGUGCGCUUUACAAACAACCGCGCUUAACGCCGCCGUCUACCUCCGUCAUAGAUAUGAAACCGUUGCCGAGCGCAACGUCAGUUACGGAACACAAAUCGGAAUCUCGAAAGAGGCUGCAAUCGCCAGAGCUUUCCCUUUGUGGUCGAGACUCGAAAAGAAGCAAAUUGUGCGAUGAAGAUGAUUUUCAGUUGGGUGAUGGAAAGGAGGAGCAAUAUAGCGGAUUUCUGGAACAAUUAGAUGAGUCGUGUGAUGCGGUAGACAUUAUAAGCUUUUUAAGCAGCAUGCGACAAAAUAGCGCUUCACAAGUUUGCGAGGAUGAUGACAGUGGAGAUGAAAGUUGUAACGCACGCCAAGCAGUCGGUUGUAAUGCCCCGAAAUCGUAUCAUCGAAACGAUCAAUCGAAGCAUCCACUGAUCGUCCAAAAAAAGAUCUCUAGUCCUGUUUCAAGCACUGUCACUCAGCAGAAAGUACAAACUAUUGUACAAAGUACAACGGGCCAUUCAGCUAUGGACGUUGAGUUCAAGGUAGCUGGAGUGACGAUAAAAAAGGUGCGAAGGAAAUAGUUUACAUAGCAUCCAACCAAUGAUGAAAUAUUUGGAAAUCAUCUAUGUAGAAAUGCCAAAAUGUAAU